CCCAACUCAAAUUUGGAUAAAAUGAAAUGUAUAACAAACCCCCCCAAAAUCACGCCCAAAAGUCAUCGUACAAGCGCGCAACACAAUUUCUCACACUAGCUAGGGCUUUUCCUCUACCCGCAGUCAGGAAAAAAAAUGGCGGAUAAUGGUGGCCGGAGUUUGAGGAAACCGACGUUCGUGAAGGUGGAAAGCCUGAAGCCCGGUACCAACGGCCACACUCUGGUGGCGAAGGUGGUCAACUCCGAGACCGUGGUGCAGAAGGGCGCCGCCGUGUCGCCGCACCCUCGCGGCAUCCGCGUUGCUGAGUGCCUCGUCGGCGACGAGACGGCUUCCAUCCUCUUCACCGCCCGCAACGAACAAGUUGAUAUGAUGAAGCCUGGAAAUACUGUUAUCAUCCGAAAUGCAAAGAUUGACAUGUACAAGGGGAAGAACAUGAGGCUGGCUGUUGACAAGUGGGGCCGCAUUGAGGUCACCGAACCUGCUGCCUUUGUGGUAAAAGCCGACAACAAUCUCUCACUUGUUGAUUACGAGCUAGUGAAUGUUGGGGAGUAACACUGGAUAAUUUUAUCAUUGGCUUCUCGGUAUAAACAUAUAAAAACCUAGGAUUUUGUUUCCGAAGCUUUGGUCUGUCUAUGUAUUGUUGUGGGUUAUCUUUUUAUGUAUUAAGUGCUAAGGACUUAUGUCGGAAAAAUUCAUGGGUUAAGUUUAUGGACUGGGCAGGGAAAGCGUUUUUAGACUUCUGGCACAGCUUUGUAGGAAGAAAAAACAAAUGUUGCUAAUUAUUGAUGAUGAAAGCUCUUUUAGGAAUUAAGUUGUGGCUAGGGGUGAGCAUCGGUGCGGUU